AUGUCACCUCCUGGUACUUCUCUAUCCGCCACUUCGCGCCCAUCGACCCCCUCGAGACCAGCGCGUCUAAACGACUACUUAGUCAUAUCGCAUUCAGCCUGCACACAAAAGGCAUGUGUCGUCAAACCGAUGUCAAUACAAGUCGAAGACGGGCCUGAUGGCUCUGUACCAGGGAUCCUCCACCUACCAUCCACAGUAUCAGCCACAUCAGCAUCCAAGACAGCGGCUAUACUCCUUUCUGGCGCAGGAGGCGGUGUCGUAGGACCAUCGGCGAUCUAUCUUUCUCUAGCAGAUAAGCUAGCCUCGCUCAAGCAAGCCGUGCCGGCAUUGCGACUCGAUUAUAGAUAUCCAGCACGCAACAAGUAUUGUGUGAGAGACGUCCUAGCAGCUAUGAAACAAUUAGAAGAGUCUUACCAGAUCGAGCGCUUUGUGCUGGUAAGUUGGUCUUUUGGUGGCGCUCCUGUGUUUACUAUUGGUGGCCAAGAUAAAAGAGUGGUCGGGUGUGCGACCGUCGCUAGUCAAACAGCAGAGACGGAGGGUAUACGCUCACUUGCGCCGAAACCACUUCUACUCCUUCACGGUACGGGUGAUCGAACGCUGAGUCCUUCGUGCUCGGAAAGACUAUAUAGUAUGUAUGGUACGGAAGGUGAUAAAGAGUUAAAGCUUUUUGAUCGAGAUGAUCAUGCAUUAACAAGAAAUUCUCUUGAGGCGGAGCAGCUCAUUGGUGGGUUUGUGCUUCGUUGUGCUGGGUUGGAUCCGCGGACCGAUGAAGACGGUUUGGCAGAGAAGCUGGUGGGUGAUGAAGAGAAGGUUGAGUUGAUGGAGAAGGGGGGCGACUUACGGCGAAACGAGAGCGUGGAAUAA